GGGGCAACAAGUCUGCUUACCCUACCCGACCAUGCUCCCAAAAGUGCAGCUGCCGGCGUCUUUCUGCCCAGAAGAGUUAGGGCUGCCUGGAGCGCCACAGUCAGAACUCAGAAAUCCAGUCCACCCUCUUCUCCCUUCCACUACAAUUUGGAGGCAAAUAAAGGAGAGACUGAAGAACCAAGUCACUCAGAUGAAGGAGCAAAUACCUGGUUUCACACCAGGCCUAGCAAUUUUACAGGUUGGCAACAGAGAUGAUUCAAAUCUUUAUAUAAAUGUGAAGCUGAAGGCUGCUGAAGAGAUUGGGAUCAAAGCCACUCACAUUAAGUUACCAAGAACAGCCACAGAAUCUGAGGUGUUAAAGUGCAUUAUAUCUUUGAAUGAAGACCUCACUGUGCAUGGGUUCAUAGUGCAGCUCCCUUUAGACUCAGAGAAUCCCAUUAACACUGAAGCAGUGGUCAAUGCUAUUGCACCCGAAAAGGAUGUGGAUGGAUUGACCAGCGUCAAUGCUGGAAAACUUGCUAGAGGUGACCUAAAUGACUGUUUCAUUCCUUGUACACCUAAAGGAUGCCUGGAACUCAUCAGAGAGACAGGGGUACAGAUUGCUGGAAGGCAUGCUGUGGUGGUUGGGCGCAGUAAAAUAGUCGGUGCCCCGAUGCAUGACUUGCUUCUGUGGAACAAUGCCACAGUGACCACCUGCCACUCAAAGACUGCCAAUCUGGACGAGGAGGUAAAUAAAGGUGAUAUCGUGGUGGUUGCAACUGGUCAUCCUGAAAUGGUGAGAGGGGAGUGGAUCAAACCUGGGGCGAUAGUCAUCGACUGUGGAAUCAAUUAUGUUCCAGAUGAUACAAAACCUAAUGGGAGAAAAGUUGUGGGUGACGUGGCAUAUGAUGCGGCUAAGGAGAGGGCGAGCUUCAUCACCCCUGUUCCUGGUGGCGUCGGGCCCAUGACGGUGGCAAUGCUAAUGCAGAGCACAGUGGAGAGUGCAAAACGUUUCCUGCAGAAAUUUAAGACGGGAAAGUGGGUGAUUCAGUAUAACAGCCUUAACCUGAAGACACCAGUUCCAAGUGACAUCGAUAUAUCACGAUCUUGCAAACCAAAGCCCAUUGGUAACCUGGCUCGCGAAAUCGGUCUGCUCUCUGAAGAGGUGGAAUUGUAUGGUGAAACCAAGGCCAAAGUUCUGCUUUCCGCGCUAGAACGCCUCAAGCAUCAGCCUGAUGGAAAAUAUGUGGUGGUGACUGGAAUAACUCCAACGCCCCUGGGAGAAGGGAAAAGCACAACCACAAUUGGGCUGGUGCAAGCCCUUGGUGCCCACCUUCAUCAGAAUGUAUUUGCUUGUGUGCGACAGCCUUCUCAGGGCCCGACCUUUGGAAUAAAAGGUGGCGCUGCAGGAGGUGGCUACUCACAGGUUAUUCCUAUGGAAGAGUUUAAUCUCCACCUCACAGGUGACAUCCAUGCCAUCACUGCAGCUAAUAACCUCGUUGCUGCAGCCAUCGAUGCCCGGAUAUUCCAUGAACUGACACAGACAGACAAGGCUCUCUUUAAUCGUUUGGUACCGUCAGUAAAUGGAGUGAGAAAGUUCUCUGAUAUUCAAAUCCGAAGGCUACAGAGACUAGGCAUUGAAAAGACCGACCCUACCACACUGACAGAUGAAGAGAUAAACAGAUUUGCAAGACUGGAUAUUGAUCCAGAAACUAUAACUUGGCAAAGAGUGUUGGAUACCAAUGAUAGAUUCCUGAGGAAAAUCACAAUUGGACAGGCUCCAACGGAGAAAGGCUACACUCGGACGGCCCAGUUUGAUAUCUCUGUGGCCAGUGAAAUCAUGGCUGUCCUGGCUCUCACCAGUUCUCUAGAAGACAUGAGAGAAAGACUGGGAAAAAUGGUGGUGGCUUCCAGCAAAAAAGGGGAGCCCAUCAGUGCCGAAGACCUGGGAGUGAGUGGUGCCUUGACGGUGCUUAUGAAGGAUGCUAUCAAGCCCAACCUCAUGCAGACCCUGGAGGGCACUCCGGUGUUUGUUCAUGCUGGACCAUUUGCCAAUAUUGCACAUGGGAAUUCCUCUAUCAUAGCAGACCGGAUUGCACUCAAACUUGUUGGCCCUGAAGGGUUUGUAGUGACUGAAGCAGGAUUCGGAGCCGACAUUGGAAUGGAAAAGUUUUUUAACAUCAAAUGUCUAUAUUCUGGUCUCCGCCCUCACGUGGUAGUGCUUGUUGCCACAGUCAGGGCUCUUAAAAUGCACGGGGGCGGCCCCACGGUCACGGCUGGACUGCCCCUACCCAAGGCUUACACAGAGGAGAACCUGGAGCUGGUUGAAAAAGGCUUCAGUAACUUGAAGAAACAAAUUGAAAACGCCAGACUCUUUGGAGUUCCAGUAGUAGUGGCUGUGAAUGUAUUCAAGACGGAUACAGACGCCGAGCUGGACCUCAUCAAACGCCUUGCCAAAGAACAUGGGGCUUUUGAUGCCGUGAAGUGCACUCACUGGGCAGAAGGGGGCAUGGGAGCCUUAGCCUUGGCUGAGGCUGUCCAGAGAGCAGCACAGGCCCCCAGCAGCUUCCAACUCCUUUAUGACCUCAAGCUCCCAGUUGAGGAUAAGAUCAGGAUCAUUGCACAGAAAAUCUAUGGGGCAGACGACAUUGAAUUGCUCCCCGAAGCCCAACACAAAGCCGAAGUCUACACAAAACAGGGCUUUGGGAAUCUGCCCAUCUGCAUGGCCAAAACACACUUAUCCCUGUCCCAUAACCCAGAGCAAAAAGGAGUGCCAACGGGCUUUGUACUGCCCAUCCGCGACAUCCGCGCCAGCGUGGGGGCUGGUUUUCUGUACCCCUUAGUAGGAACGAUGAGCACAAUGCCUGGACUCCCUACCCGGCCCUGUUUCUAUGAUAUUGAUUUGGACCCUGAAACUGAGCAGGUGAAUGGGCUCUUCUAAACAGACAUCACUGAAAUGUAAAAGUACAAAAAAGGAAUAAAUUCAUGUAGAGGAGUGAACCCAAAGGAGAGGGAACAGUAAUGAGAGUUGGCAGUAACCAACAAAUGAAAUAUUUCAACACAUUUUUGGAAGACAGAGCGUGGAUUGUCACAGGUUGACAGUGUAGAGGAGAAAGCCGCUGUUGAAUCAUGGAGGGCAGGACCUGCUGAAGGUCUGUAUACUCUGAAUAGACAGAAAAUAAGAGUUGAAAAUAUCCCAGAAAGUAGAACAGAGAAAGAAACAGAACCAAUCCAGGAAUUCUUGGGACAUGAGUCUCAGUUGAAAGGCCCCCAAAGUGCCCAUCGCAGUGAACGAAAAAUGAUCUAUCCCUAGACACUUCCAGUUGAAAUUCAAAAACAUCAAAAAAGAAAAUCCUAAAAAAAAAAAUGGCUUGCCUAUGAAAAAAAUGAGAAUUAGUCCAAGCACCUUUUUACUUAUCAGCAGUAAGAUGCUUGUAGGCAAUAGAGGAAUGCCCUCCAAGUUCAAAGGGGAGGAUGACUUCCCACCUGUGUUUCUACCCAACCAAAUCUGUCCGGGUAUUUUCAGACACUUCAGGGUUUACCACCCCCACAUCUUUUCCUAGGAAGUUAUUUAGCCAUGUGUUCCAGAAAAUGGGGAAUUAAGCCAGGAGUAAAAGAAGACAUGGGUUUUGAGAAACUAAACCUGAUUUGGACAAAAAUAAAGAAGUGUCCUGACAACUGUUUGGCUGGCCUAGAGUUAAAAACCCAGUGUGGACCAGGAGGAGGGAGGACUUGAGAAAGACUAGAAAGAACUAGAAAAGACAAGAGUAUCAUAAAGAUUAAUAUAAUGCAGGACAAGAGAUCUAGCAUUGUUUAAGAAAAUAAAAGUCCAGGUGGAAGCAAAAUGUAGUAAUCAUUUUAAGCAACUGUAAGGAUGGUAAGAAGAGAGAAUUUGUGUGCUUGAUGCUAGCAGAACACUCUUCUUCAAGGGGACAGAUUGUGACAUGGAAAUGUAAUCCAAGCUCACUGCAUAGCCUGGGCUUGAACAGUAUCCACAUAGCCAUAAUGUAAAUGCUGUGUAUUGUUUCCAAGUUUUCAAUCAACUUAUGGGCAGAUCCUAGAAGAGUUGGUUAUGGAAAAGGAUGUAAAUGUUAACAGCCUUGACAAUGUAAAACUGUAUUGGUGCAGUGUGGAAGAGAAGAGGAAACUCAGAGCUUCGAGAAAACAUUUAUUUACUGUUUGUUUUUCCUUCCAGAUUGUCCAUCUUCAAGAAGCUACUUUGAAAGUUUGACUAGUGUCUAUUUUGUGCCUGCUGUAAGCUAGGAAGUAUGGGGAAAUCGAGAGAAGUCAGCCCCUGCCCCAAAUAUCUUCUGAAAUACACUGGGAGUUUCUUCUCCGGAAGCCUUCCUUCAGUCUUAGUUCCCAUCUUCAUGUGUAAAUUAACAGAAAUCAUGCACAUGUCUAUUUAGAAUAAAAUGAUGUAAUUUUGCUAUCUCAGUGUUUAAAUAUAAGUUGUAGCUUUUAUAGACUAUGCAGCAAUAUCUUUGCCAUCCUGUGUGAGCCCAUUUGUUAGAUAGACUCCUGGGAGUGAAAAAGCAAGUUGCAAUACAUACAGUAUGAUACUGUUUGUGUUUAAGGGGAAAACGUGUGUCUGCUUGUGUAUUUCUGGGAGAAUGAAUAAUCAGGAGACCUCCUGAGAGAGUUAGGGUGGAAGUAGAGUAUGGAAGGGGGACUUGCCUUUUUGCCAUAUACUUUUCUGUUUUUAAUUUUUACCCGGAAGUAUUGCUUACACGGGUUUUAGUCCUGACCUUCCUUGGAACUCUCAUUUCUGUCAUAGCUUUAGCACUGUUUCUUGUGUUUUAUUUUUAAAUUAAUAAACUUUGCACCAUUUAUUUUUAAAUUU